AUGAUAUACAUGUGUACUGUACUGUGUAGGGAUAUUCGUGUGUACUGCGUCGACCAACAACAAGAUCUCGAGUACGAAUAUCGAGUCAUCAUUACAAAAUACAAUUGUGAAUUUGGGAUAGCAUAACUUAUCAAAGCAUGGCGUCCUUUAUGCUGAAUUCUGCUCGAGUUACAGGCUUCUUAUCCAAUGCUGGAAAUCAUUUUACUUUCAAUGGUGUCCGAGCUCUCAGUACAAGCUGCAGACAUGAAGCCGCCAAAACCAAGAAAUCCCUUGCCAAACAGAAUGUUAAAAACAUUGUUCUGGUCGAGGGAGUUAGAACACCAUUUCUUAUGUCCGGGACUGAAUACAAAGAUCUUAUGCCACAUGAUUUACAAAGAGAAGCUAUGAAAGGCCUUAUAGAAAGAACUUCAAUUCCAAAAGAUUCUGUUGAUCACAUUGUAGUUGGUACAGUCAUUCAAGAAGUCAAAACCAGUAACGUUGCUCGAGAGGCUGCUCUAGAAGCAGGGUUUUCAGAUCGCGUCCCGGCCCACACGGUAACCAUGGCAUGCAUCUCAUCCAACCAAGCCAUCACAUCAGGUAUGGGUAUGUUAGCGUCAGGCCAAGCAGACACCAUCAUCGCUGGGGGCGUGGACUUCAUGUCAGACGCACCAAUCAGACACAGCCGUCAAAUGAGGAAGUUCAUGUUGAACCUUGGCAAGGCAAAGACAGCUGGAGCCAAGAUGAGCCUUGCUUCCAGACAUCUCAGUAUGGCUGCCCUGGCCCCAGAACUCCCUGCGGUAGCUGAAUUCUCUUCCAACGAGUCUAUGGGUCAUUCCGCCGACCGACUGGCUGCUGCUUUUGGAGUCAGUCGUCAAGAACAGGACGACUACAGCAUCCGUUCCCACACCCUGGCAGACAAGGCAACCAAGGAAGGUCUCUUGACCGACCGACUGACCUACAUCGUUCCCAAGACCGGCAAGGCCGUCGAGGCCGACAAUGGCAUCAGGCCGUCCAGUGAGGCCCAGAUGGCAAGGCUAAAACCAGCGUUUAUCAAACCUCAUGGGACCAUCACUGCAGCAAACGCUUCCUUCUUGAGUGAUGGGGCCUCCGCAUGCUUGAUUAUGACCGAAGAGAAGGCUCUAGCCAUGGGUUACAAACCAAAGGCUUACCUGAGGGACUAUGUGUACGUGGCACAGGACCCCACAGAUCAACUCUUACUGGGACCUGCCUACUCUAUCCCCAAGGUCCUGGCCCGCUCUGGGCUGACCCUCGAUGACAUCGAUGUGUUUGAGAUUCACGAGGCCUUCGCUGGUCAGAUCCUUGCAAACCUGAACGCUCUCGGCUCCGACUACUGGUGCCAGAAUUUCCUAGGAGCCAAAUCUAAGCUUGGAGCGAUCCCGAUGGACAAGAUGAACCUCUGGGGCGGAUCUCUUUCCAUCGGUCAUCCUUUUGGAGCCACGGGGGUCAGGCUGGCCACCACGUCGGCCAAUCGUCUGGAGAAGGAGGAUGGACAGUUUGCUGUGCUUGCUGCUUGUGCUGCUGGUGGACAUGGACACGCAAUGGUAGUGGAGAGGUACCCAUCUUCAUAAUGACAAAGAGACAUCAUUCUAUGUUGUACAUAUCGAUUAUAAAACUAAAUUACUUCACAGGAAACAUUUAACUGAAAAGCAAACUGCUAUGUGCCACAGAGCAAUAUGUAUAUUGUAUAGAAUUUGAUGGAACGUCGGGUUUACAUACAGAAGAGAGAAAGGAAAAAUAAAAGGCAUUCACUGCUGUUAAAUUACAUUGAUGAAAUCUUCUGUGCAGUAAAGUAUUUUUCCUGUGGGUCAUACAGGCCAUCCAUUUCCUAUUCCUAUUCCAGAAUGAAUGAAACAAAGUGAAAAAACUUUUAGAAUGAACAGCUAACAUGCAAUUGUGCUCCAUAAUUUGAAGAAAAACUUUUUGUAUGAGUUGUUACGGUGGGAGGUGAAAAUGCGUGUUUAUAUCUUUCUAAGGAUUGUUUUCACCAGGGUAGUAUUUCAUGAAACAAAUAUUUAUAAAAAAUGUUUUAACUAUUUGUUACAAGCUACUGAAAUCUUUGCAUCUGAUUGGCUCACAGCAUAUUUGUUACUGAAAAUGAGUGAAAAGAUGAGUGAAAAGUACAUGAAACACUCCCAAGGCUCAUAUAAUGUAUUACAGUAUUAAACAUAUCUUUUAUGUGUGUUCCCGUUUUACAAAUGCCUCACAGGUUUGAUAUAUGUAUUUUUGCUGGAUAGCAUAGUCUUAUAUUGCAUUGAAAAUAAAUGUAGGUACAUCCAUUCCAAGGUGAAUAUCAAAACAUCGGUUUUAGAAGUAUGAUAACGGAGCCAAUAUUUAGUUAUUUAUUUCAAUGGUUUGUAGCCAGGCAGUGUUAUACAUUUUGGUCUAAUACCAAAAUCAACUUUUUCUCUUGUACCAUGGUUGGUACCAUUGGCUCUCAACUAAUUAUUGCAGUGGCACCAGGAAUUUGUGAGUAUUGGGGUAAAGGGAGGGCAAAAGAGAACAUUUUUGUUUUUUAUUGGGGGGGGGGGAAGCAGGGAGAAAACAUUUUGCGUUUAAUGAUGCAAAAAUUGUAUUUAAAGAUUUUUGGUGUUAGGGGGGGGGGGUGGAAGGGACAAUUUCCCCCAUGGUUCCCCCCUCCUGUUGGUGAUGCAAGAAGUUAAGAUGUGAUAUUUUGUCUAAAAGGUCCCUGGGGGAGCUUCGCAAACAUUUAAGUGUGACUUAUAGUUGUUGCAUGCUGAUGUACACAUGAUAUCUACCAUGCUUUCUUAUUUGUACACAGUAAUGCAGGGGCCCGUUGCAGAAAGAGUUGCGUUUAAACGCAAGCCAAAAAAAUCAAUCGCAAGUCCCAAAUGCGCGCUGUUGAUUGGUUGAAAAUCAAGUUGCGCAUGAGUUUUAGAGUUGCGAUUGAUUGCAACUCUUUCUGCAACUGGCCCCUGAUCCUCUUGGCAUGAUUUGACCAAUGCAGUGAUGGCUUUUAAAUCAGGGGCCCGUCUUACAAAGAGUUGCGAUUGACCCAAUCACUCGAUGGACGGCCAACAACAUCAACAUCUAUUAUGCAUCUUUUUUCAAAAUAUUUUUUGACUAUGAUUUAUAUUCAUGCAUUGUUUUCUUGAAAAUUCACUGUGCUUCUCUUUGUUUACCAAGGACAUUGUGCAAAUUUCCUGUAUAAAAAAUUAUGACCCUGGUGGAUUUCCAUAGAGUUACGAUUGAUUGGAUCAGUCGUAGCUUUUUGUAAGACAGGGCCCUGGUCAUUUUAAGGCCUUUGGGUUUUGAAGGGAAAUCCUCAGGUCACAUUUUGAAAGGUGAAGCCUUGCAGAAUCUGUUUAUUUGUAUUGCUGGCCCUAUUAAGAUGAAGAAAUUUGUGACAUAUAUAUGUUGUGUAGUAUAAUAAAGCUUUGUGAAAGCAUGUUUGAAUUGUACAUGUCAUGAAAUUUAAUAAAUUCUCUAAUAAUAA